GCCGAUCUGAGCAGAUCAUGAUGCUGGCAGUGGUGCAGCUCACAGCUGAUGGGCUUGGAUGUCCAGCGAAGCGCAAUGCACAGAACUUGAAAGGCGGAGAAGUUAAUUUAAGUUGGGAGAUUGAUCGUGAACGUGAUUGUGAGGGUCUGAAGAGUGAAUUUUCGUGUUGAUUACAUCAACAGCUUAGCGCGUACAGCCUCGGUGUUGAUGUGUAAUGAUCGCUCGUCUUCUAAUGGCAUGCACGCAAAGGACUUGCGUGAAGCUUCAAAGCUGUUGGCAAUUGCGAACUUCAUUUUCAACGAGAUCACAUUUGCCAGUUCUGAGUACUCAUUUUAAAUUCUUCUCCUGCUGUUUACAUGAGUGGCCCAGCUCAGUGUUUCCUCAAGGUUGUGCGACGCCAGUAGGUAAAGUGGAUGCGCUGCCAGCUGGAACCUGGUGCGCUCAACACUUUGGUCAAAGUUGGGAGGAUGGGAGGCUCAAUGGAAGAAGGGGAGUAGCUGCCGCUGCCGGCACCAGGGUGGGUCUAAGAAAAUUAAAAAAUGGGUUGGGACAACUUGGUACGCUGAAGGAACCAGGUUGGGUUGGCGAAGAACAAGAAGAAGAAGUUACAGGGAAGAGCAAGAACCAGCGCAAGAGGGAGGCUUCUACAGCGCUUGAAUUGGCCUAUGACCUGGCAGAUUUGUCUCCAAAGAACCUGAAACAGGUUGUCAGUGUCAGUGGCAUGCCUGCGGAGAUGCUGGAAGCAGUCACCCUUGCAAAGGGUCUCGGCAUCGAUGCAAAGAACGGCCGGAAGCGACAGUAUGCUUUCGUCGCGAAGCUCUUCCGUGAACACGAUAUGGACGUUGAGGAGGUGUACGAAAUCAUACGAGCAGCAAAGGACGGGACAAUACAAGCAGGACCGCCAAGCUCCAGCAGUUCGGCUUUGUCUUCUCCAGAAGACGAUCUGACUGACGGGAGUUCGGAGUGCGGGAGCAGGGCAGCCGUUUGGGCAUCAGGACUGUUGAGAAACGACCCGGACACAGCUGACGAGGUUUACUCGCUGAGUGACGUGAUCGAUGGGCAGCACCUUCGACAGCUUGUCCGCAACGCACAGAAGGAGCUCGCAGCGAAUGAAUCACAACAAGCCGAGGAGCCUAGCUCCGAUGCAAAAGAAGGCCUUCCGACGAAGCCGGUGCAGCCAAAGCCGCAAACAAAAGCACAAAGCGCUUUAAGACGCUAUCUUCAAGAUGUGGCAGUGAGGAUAGAGGAGAUGGAAUGAUUUUCUGCGUCUUUAACCUGAAGAAAGGAGCUAUCAGUCUGCUGUCUGGGUGAUGGAGAAAGGUCUGAUAUGAUCCGAGCCCGACGGCGCCAGGCGAUCACCAUGCGCACAGCAGAAACUUCCUAUGCAUCCGGGAGACAUCGAAUAUCAGUCUGAACAGUCCUGAU